CGCAUUCACAGGAGCACGCUUGAAGGAUACAGAGCAGAGCUGAAAAGACAUCGAGAGAGGAACGGAAGUAGGAAGCAGGAAAGUGCAUAGUGAAAACGAAAGCUGAAAGUUUAACGCUUUAAGAGGCAAAUCUGUUAAAAAAAGUGCAUGAAAGUGCCACCAAGUGAUUAAAAAAGCAGACUUGAAAAGCGCAUAGCGAAAGUGUCUAUUAACAGAGCGCAACUCGAGUCUCUAAAGUGUGUGUGUGUGUAGAAGUGUGUUUGGGUGUGACACAGAUUCACUGAGCACAAGAUUCACCAAUUUGCAGCAAACCGCAUCCGCAUCGAGCUAAACCGAGUUGAGAGCUGAGUUCUGAGGAAAUAUCGAUUAGUUGUUGACGAGGUGACGAACACAGUCGCCGGACCAGACUAGACCAGAAAGAACUGCCAGUCAACUGAGGAAGAACUGACGUCGAAGGUCGUCGUUGAAUUCUAGGGGAAGCAGCCAGAGAAAAGCCACAACAACGGAGCCGUUAAUUAAGCGAGAUUUGUGGUUAGGCGCAGUCCGAGACGCCGCUAACAGCGCAACGCGAACUCUGACGGCCAAAAAGACAACACCGCAUCGGUAGGAUAGGAGUUGGUUGUAUUCCGGACAUCGAGACACCGCUGAACAAAUGGCUUACUUAAUUAACAUACUCAAGUUCAAUGUGAAGUACUUAAAAAAUCAAUAAUUGCACUUGUCUGUCAGCACUGUCCAGACACACACAGACAGCACAACCCACAACACACAUCACCACCAACCAACAUCAUCAAUAUUAAAGUAAUUCGAGCUGAAAAGGAUAUAAAACUCGUUGCCUCUCGCUCUCCACCUCUUCCUCCACCUUCUGCCUCUGUCUGUUGAUUGGAUUACGCUUGCUAUCUCGCUCGCUCGCUCGAAUUGUUGUUGCCUCUGUUGCGCAUUGUCGCCUCGUGUCCUCUCAAUGGAAAAGACGGAGAAAUUUUCAGAUUACCUCUUCGCCAAAAUGGGACCACCGAAUGUGACGGCAGCUAUGCACGGCACCGAGCUGCCCCCCAAGACAACGGAACGCAGCGAUGCCCCCUUGGAGUUGACGGGCUAUAGGAAAUGGCUGAGCGACAAUCUCAUGUUGCUCGUCACUCUCUCCGGCGUCCUACUCGGCGUCCUGCUGGGGCUCUCGUUGCGUCCGCUUCAGUUGCAUGGCGACUCCAUAAUGCUCAUCUCAUAUCCGGGAGAACUAUUUAUGCGCGUGCUAAAGCUCAUGAUUCUGCCGUUGGUCAUCUCCAGUUUGAUUGCCGGCUCCGCCAGCCUCAAUGCCAAAAUGAAUGGUAAGAUUGCGUUGCGCACGCUGAUCUAUUUCGCAAGCACAUCGCUGUUUAACGCCGCCCUGGGCAUUGCUCUGGUGCUGCUCAUACAUCCUGGCAAUCCGGAUCUGCAUAAUGCGGACGAUAGGGCGACGGACAGGAAGGCGGUGAAGCUGUUGGACAGUCUCUUGGAUUUGGGCAGAAACGUGUUCCCCGACAACCUGUUCCAGGCAUCAAUUCAGCAGGCGCACACCGUCUAUUUGCCCAAGCCGAGCAUGCUGCGCAGCCUUAACGAGACGCUUAACGACACCGCCGUGGCCCUGCUGAAUGGCGGAGUGGAGGCACAGCGUCAGCGACUGGAGGAAAUCGAGGAGGUCGUCCUAGUGCGGGAUGUCCAAUAUCGCAGUGGCACCAACACCCUGGGCAUAGUGUUCUUCUGCUUGGUGUUUGGCACAUUUCUCGGCACCAUUGGCCAGAAGGGGCAGGUGGUGGUGGACUUCUUCGCCGCCGUGUUCGAGGUGAUCAUGAAGAUGGUGACUUGCGUGAUGUGGAUGACGCCGUUGGGGAUAAGUUCGGUCAUCGCUGGCAAGAUACUGAGCGUGGACAAUCUGAGUCUGGUGAUGGCGCAGCUGAUUUGGUUCAUCAUCACGGUGGCCAUUGGCGUUGUGAUCUAUCAGUUCAUUGUGAUGCAGGCGAUUUACUUUGUGUUUGUGCGACGCAACCCAUUCAAGUUCUACAAGGGGUUGAUUGAGCCCAUGCUAACCGCAUUUGCCACCGCAUCAACCGCCGCCGCGUUGCCCAUCACAUUCCGCUGCAUGAACGAGAAGCUUCGCAUGGAUCCUCGCAUCACUCGCUUUGUCCUGCCCAUCGGCUGCAACAUCAACAUGGAUGGCACCGCUCUCUUUAUCUCCGUCGCCUCCAUCUUCAUUGCCCAGAUGAGCGGUAUGGUCUUGGGCUUUGGCGAACUCCUCACCGUCCUGCUGACUUCGACCGCAGCCUCAAUGAGCUCGGCCAGCGUGCCAAGUGCUGCUCUGGUUCUGCUGCUCGUCGUGCUCUCAGCCAUCGAUGCGCCCGUUCAGGAUGUGACGCUGCUCUUUGCCGUCGACUGGUUCGUUGAUCGCAUUCGCACCACCAACAACAUGCUAGGAGAUUGUUACGCCGCCGCCGUCGUCGAGGAAUUGUCGCGCAAGGAGCUGAUGGCUUUGGAUGCCGCUGCAGUCAAUUAUCAGGAUCUAACCGUUGGCACGCCGAAUGGACACCAUGGUGGCCUCUUAGAGGGACAAACGGAGCUAGAGGCUUCCAGCAAGAGCGUCAUGUCCGAUGCCGUCGUAGUGGACAUGAGCGCCGUCAUGAAUAAUGUGAAUCUUCAACAGGAGCACAGCAAUCGACGUGUUUAAAGAUGUCGAAAUCCCCAUAUUUAAUCAGAAGAAGGAUUAAAGUCCUUAAGAAACUAGAGAACCACCAAUAGACCACAGUGUUCCCCACAAAACAAGCAAAAGAAAACACAAAACACACCUUUUGAUAGACGUUUUUGAUUUUUGAUAAUUGCCAAUCAAUAGCAUCAAUCACAAAACUGAUUGUGAGACUGUCAAGCAAAUGAUUUUUAACAAAAUCCCACCCCAUAAGUUUCUCUUUAUAGCUCUUUACUUAUAUGGUAUAAUAUAUUAUAUAUACAGACGUGAUCGCAUUCGGAUCGAAUGUGUUGGACGCAGUUUUCCACAAGGUCUGACCAAAAUAUCAAUUGCAAUUACUUAGCCACACAUCGAUUAAGAUCGAUGAUAAACAAUUACCAAACCCAAUUACCAAUUACCACUAAAACAUAUAUUGUAGUAGAAGCAACCAAAUAUUAUCGUAACCAAAUAUUGUAACCACGAAACAAGAAGAAAAUAUGUAUUCGGCAUGCCGAAUAAAUGAAAUACUCUUGCAGUUUAAAAGAAGGAAAUAUUUCCCUCCUAUAUUGAUUUUACUCUACUUAAAAUGUAAUUCAUUUAAAUUUCUGCAAGGGUAUUACGUAAAAUCCAAG